AUGCAGCAGGAUCCGUCGAGUCAGGAGUAUGCGGAAGAGGUGGCUCGUCUCCGUGCGAGCGAGUCUGACUCUGAUGCCGAACUUAUGGAAAAUUUGGGUUACAAACCAGUCUUACAUCGCUCCUACAACUUGUUCCAUAACUUUGCCACAUCUUUUGCGGCACUGUACUUUGUAGGAGGUGUUAGAGUCACGUUCUCUACAGGUAUCAGCGCAGGCGGUCCUCUUGCAUACUGGACUUCGUAUAUCGUGACUUGCGUUUUCACUCUCAUUACAGCAGCCGUGAUUGCAGAGAUCUGUUCCUCCCUGCCACUCGCCGGGUCCAUCUACCUCUGGGCUGCUGAGGCAGGUGGACCUAGGUUCGGCCGCUUCCUCGGCUUUGUCGUUGCUUGGUGGUCUACCACUGCUUGGACAACAUUCUGCGCCAGCAAUACCCAGGGUGCUGUCAACUACCUCCUAGCCGAGAUCGUAGUCUUCAACGUCGACUUUCCUUCGGACUCGGAUCACAUCAAGUAUCGUGCGGUACAAUGGGCGGUCACUGAAAUUAUGCUUGCGGUCGCUUGUAUCGUGAACUUGCUCCCACCAAAGUACUUCCGCUGGAUCUUCUACGCAUCCUCAGGCAUGGUGUUGCUCGAUUUCGUACUCAACAUGGUCUGGCUGCCAAUUGGAGUUGCUCAAGCAUAUGGCUUCCGCACUGCACACGAAGCCUUCAUGACUACGUAUAACGGUACUGGGGCUCCUGCAGGCUGGAACUGGUGUUUGUCCUACUUGGCUACUGCCGGCAUCUUGAUUGGAUUCGAUGCUUCUGGCCAUGUAGCUGAGGAGACGAAAAACGCUAGUGUUACGGCUGCUAGAGGUAUAUUCUGGAGCACCGUCGUCAGCGGUAUCGGUGGCUUCAUUGUUGUAAUCUUGUUCUUGUUCUGUUUGCCUGACGCCGACACCUUCUUCACAUAUGGUUCUGAGCAGCCAUUCGUGCCACUCUAUGCUGUAGUACUCGGCCAGGGUGGGCAUGUGGUCAUGAACAUCGUCUGCAUCGUCGCUCUCUGGUUCAACACUGCAAUCGCUGUCCUCGCCGCAUCAAGACUGGUGUUUGCCGUCGCAAGAGAUGGCGUUCUGCCUUACUCUGGCUGGGUCUCUCAAGUCAACAACGGCCAGCCUAAGAACGCCGUGAUUGUCGUCUGGGUCGUUUCAGCCAUCAUUACCUGCACAAUCCUUCCAUCCAGCACUGCAUUCACCAGCCUGGUUUCAGCCGCUGGUGUUCCUUCCGCCGCUGCAUAUGGUCUGAUAUGUCUCUCGAGACUGAUCCUCACGCCAAAGACAUUCCCCAAACCUCGAUGGAGUCUUGGAAGACUCAGCAAGCCUUUCCAAUUCAUAGCCGUUUUUUGGAAUGGCUGGGUUGUUGCUGUCUUGUUCUCACCGUAUGCUUUCCCUGUCACGGCUGGUAAUCUAAACUACGCUCCUGUGAUCAUGGGCAUUGUUACGAUAUUCGCUAUCAUAUCGUACUUUGUCAUUCCUGCAGAGCGAUGGCUGCCCAGUCACAGGAUUCAGCAGACGCUUGAAGCCGAGGGACCCAAGUCUUUGCGUGUCGAGACAAUCGCGCAAGAUUAG